AUCACCCACAUAUACCUUCACUUCUUCUACAUCGAUAAUGGCUGUUCCUAAUCAGCAUGCGACCUCCUUGCGAUUGGCUCAAGGUGCCAUUUUUAAUGGUAAAGGCUUUGAGGAUGCAGCUGGCUAUGCCAGAUAUUUACAUCAGUUUCAAGACCGUCCUUUACAUCCCUCCAUUACUCUUGAUCCAUCAAAGUUCAACAGGUAUGGGAUGGACAUCCCUCGCCUGAUCAAUACCUUAGGCUGGGGUGACAUACUACCUAAUCGAAACUAUGGGUUUCGACCUGAGGUUGUGCGCAUGUUCUAUGCGAAUAUGAAGACCUGCCUUCACAUCUCUCCUCCCUGUUUCACUACAAUAGUGUACAACUAUCUGAUCACUCUCAACGUGGAGUUGUUGUCCCUACUACUGGGAAUACCUAUUUCUGGAGCUGAAGUCAUGAAUGAGCUGGAUUUCCACUCUGUGGAGUUCAACGAAGGAGAUGCCCUGCGCCUGUAUACUCGUGAUAUAGGUCGGUAUUAUCCUUCGGAGUUUCACUCUGGGAGACUUCGUGAUGAUCUCAAGGUUCUGCAUUUUUACACCACUCGACUAUUCCUACCUCGCUCCUUUGGCCUCAAUACCAUUUAUCCAACUGAUUUAUGGAUUCUAGCUAGUGCCAAGGAGAAUCGGGUUAUAAGCUAUCCUCACUUGAUGUUCGACCAUAUGUUGAAUUAUCAUGCUGAUAACUUCGAAGCUGAGCUUCCUUUUGCCCCUCAGAUCACUCAGAUCUUGUUAGCACUGGGGAUUGACUUAAGGUUCAAAGUUGCCCGAGUGGACAUGUUGAGUUCUCUUCGUGCUCAGUUUAUCCUGCGCAAAGUCGAUGCUUCUGUUGGUCGUCGAGGUCCUGUGGUCGUCAAUGCUCCAGGGGGAGACACAGCUGCCCAUGAAUUUCCUGAGGAUGGUCUCAGCCUGGCUGAGCUAGAUGGGGAUGAAGCUGUAAGAGAACCAGAAUUACCUAUAAGAGAUAAUGGCAAGCGACCUAUGGUGGAUCCUCUAGAGGAAGUUCAGGCUAUGUUCAGACAGGAAGAGGCAAGCAGCAGCAGGAACCUGAUAAUGGAGGACGACGAUGAUAUUUCUGAUUAUGUGCCGUCACCCAAAUUUGCCUACUAGAGGAAUAUUGAUCUUAGGGGGAGUACCUAUGUUUGCUUGUUAAGGGAUUAAUAAGUGUAGGGGGAGUCUGGUCGAAAUAAGUUGUGGUUUAGAGUCAGUAUGUGAGAAGUUGUGGUUUAGAGUCAGUAUGUGAGUCAAUAAAGCUCUGUCGGAGCGUGUGUCUUUGUGCCUUAGGAAGGGUAUGUGUUUUUAAUAAUAUAAGUGAGAUCUGAAAACAGAUGUAUUGUUCAAUACUAUUGCAAAGGGAUAUAUCUGGUUUAUCUUAUCUAGAGCAGUCUGCACGUAACCGUGUGUUAUAUGUGUGCAGAAAUUUCUUAGGCAGCUGAUGGGAUCAUUGACUGACUUAGGGGGAGAAUGUUGGAGGAAAGUCAGUCAUGAAUCAGAAGAACAAAGGAAAGAAAUCAGGAUCCAAAUGAGUCUGCAUUAAAAGGAAACAUAGAGCAAGGAAAGAAGAUAUUCUGGGAGCGGAGCAAUUCAUUGAGAGAACACUUACAGGAAAGAAUUCAAAGAAGAGACUUACCAUCCGGAGGAGCAAUUCAUUGAGAGAACACUUACAGGAAAGAAUUCAAAGAAGAGACUUACCAUCCGUGAGCUGCAACGGCUAGUGCCUGAAGAGUAUAAGAAGAAACUCUCUGGAUCAAACGAGGACAACUUUUCUGGGAUCAAUCUUGCAAGAAGAGCUAAAGAGUAUAGCCAGUGAGUUUGAUUAGAAAAGAGAGACUGAUUCAAUCUCAGGAGGGAGAUUGAAUUAGGGAGUGUUGGUCUAAACACGGUAGCUGGAGAGCUGAGUGAAAUCAGGAGAGUGAAGUAUCAAUCGAUUUACAGGAUUGGAUAGAUUGAGUUCAUCGGUGUACAAGUGUAAAACAAUCAAAAGCUUCGAGCCUAGUGCAACGUCGGAAGUCACAGCUGUGUGAUCUUUCGACCGUGGAAUAGUCAAAGUUGGGGAUCAUUUUUACCCAGCUCUGGAAACCACGUAAAAAGUGACUGUGUCUACUCCAUGCUUAGUGUGUUCAUUUUGUUUCUCUGUUUUUGUUACGUUUACUGAGUUUGCAGAAAACAGGGGAAGUGUUCCUCUGAAACAGAACAGAGAAGUAAGGACGAGAAGGUUGAAACGCAGCGAAGCAGAAGAAAAAUUAGUAGUCUUCUGCUUAGGAUAACUAGGCCAGAACCAAAAGGCUUUGGUGCUCACAGAUCAGGCCCAGUAAACAUUAAAGAGUAACAUUAGAAUUCAUUAAAUCUAUUUUUGUUUGAGUAUUUCUAAUUCAGCAUUCGUGUAAGGUUCUCUUCGCUCUUCACUGAUCUGUGCCCAAAAGGAGAGUUAGGGUUUCAGGUGGAAGAGGAGAUAGAAUCGCUCAAAUUGCCCUGGCAUCUCGCGCUCGACGCCAGUAACAAAUUCGAGUCGGGAUAAAGCGCAGCAUCUUCAUGAAACUCGUAAAUGUCGGCGACUUUGAAAGUGCUGGAAAUGUUCUUUGUAGGCGGCAAGUUGAUGAAGCACCGUAAAAGGUUCAUAUUUGCGAGGUUGGAGCUUAGAAUAGGAACCAACAGGGAACCUCUCUUUCCUUAGAAACACCAUGACCUUAUUCCCCGCGGCAAAUACCUUGACACGACGAUGAGCGUCAGCAGCAACCUUAUUCUUUUCGUCGGUGGCUACAAGCUUGGCUUUAAUCCAAAGCUUGGUAUGACAAGUUGAGCAGUUUUUUAAUCCAACAGGGGUUUAGAAGAGGUUAUGUGGAUAAAACAUUGUUUAUCAAAACUGAUCACAGUGACAUUCUGCUAGUUCAAGUUUAUGUUGAUGACAUAAUCUUUGGAUCAACUAGUCAUAAACUGUGUCAGGAAUU